AUGACUUCCUUGCUGGUUCCUCCAUCUUCGGUGCGCAGUCAGGCGAAAGUCGAUCACGAAGCUUUUAAAGUUAAAGUUGACAACGUGCCCUGCCUGCUGCUUUCCCAUAAGAUUUUUAACGAAUACAAGAAUACAAUUAGAAAAAUACUGCUGAAGUUUCCCAAGUUCAAGCCAGUUCAAGCUCACGAAGACAAGGAAGAGGGAAAAUGUGUUGUGUACCUGGACCCACAAAAAAUGAAGGAUGUUUCAGAUGAUUUCAAACAGGAAAUCAUGUGGGACCAAGUUUACCUAGAGAAGGAACUCCACUUAUCUUAUGAGAAUUGGCCCUGCAACGAUGUUCUUUGCGCAGUUUUGCCCAAGGACGUUGAAGUACCGACAUCGUACAGUAUAAUUGGUCACAUAUUGCACAUGAAUUUGCGCAAAGAGCUGUUGCCCUUUAAAAAGGCAAUAGGCCAAAUUUUCCUCGACAAGACUCCAAACAUCAAGACAGUGGUUAAUAAAUUGGACAUUAUUGACAACACCUACAGAAAUUUUGCCAUGGAAAUACUUGCUGGAGAAGAAAAUACUGUUGUCUCUGUAAAGGAGAACGGCGUCACCUAUCACUUUGACUUUGCCAAAGUGUAUUGGAACCCAAGACUAGCUACGGAGCACAAGGUUCUGGUUAAUUUCUUAAAAUCAGAUGAUGUGCUUUACGACGUGUUUGCUGGCGUGGGUCCUUUUUCCAUACCAGCAGCACGCAAAGGCGUCCGAGUUUUGGCAAACGACUUGAAUCCAGAAUCUCACAAAUGGCUAUUAAAAAACGCAGAAGUUAACAAAGUAAAAAAGUUAAUAAGCCCUUUUAACAAGGAUGGCAAAGAUUUUUUAAGAGAUGAUGUUAAAAAGGAUAUAUUAGAAAGAAGAGAAAAAAAUCUUCCCGGUUCUGAGCAUUUGGCAAUGAACUUGCCAGCCAUUGCAGUUGAAUUUUUGGAUGUAUUUAGGGACUGGUUAACCACAGAUGAAAUGGAAAAAGUAUACUCAAAGCCUCCGACGGUGCAUGUAUACUGUUUUUUAAAAGCGGCAAAAACUGAAGAUUUUAGUGCCUUAGCAAAAGAAUUAGUCGAGAAACAUCUGGGAGCAAAGCUUGACGCAAACGCGAUAGUAGAUGUCCAUCAUGUGAGGAACGUAGCUCCGAACAAAGAGAUGAUAUCCUGA